GUGAUUUUCCGCUGCCGCUGAUGUCUCCCCGUUUUAAGAGACAAAGGUCAGAACGAGAAGCUUAUAGGCAGGAUAAAAUAUAGGCUACCGACGCGUCCAGCCCUCAGUCGCUCUCACGGACACCACAGGACACGGACAAGACGGAACGGACACGGGAGCGCGCGAUAAGGACAUUAAAAAGGACAACAUAAAACACAAAAUCACAUCAACAGAACAGAAUGGCUCAGAAAGAGAAACUUCAGUGCCUGAAGGACUUCCAUAAGGACACCCUGAAGCCAUCUCCUGGAAAGAGCCCCGGCACGAGGCCUGAAGACGAGGCAGAGGGCAAACACCCGCAGAGGGAGAAGUGGGCCAGCAAGCUGGACUUUGUUCUGUCCGUCGCUGGCGGCUUUGUGGGUUUAGGGAACGUCUGGCGUUUCCCGUACCUCUGCUAUAAGAAUGGUGGAGGUGCAUUUCUCAUCCCCUACUUCAUCUUCCUGUUUGGCGGAGGUCUGCCGGUCUUCUUCCUGGAGGUCUCCCUUGGUCAGUUCACCUCCGAGGGCGGCAUCACCUGCUGGGAGAAGCUGUGCCCCAUCUUUACUGGUAUCGGUUAUGCCUCCAUUGUGAUCGUGUCCCUGCUGAAUAUCUACUACAUCGUCAUCCUGGCCUGGGGUCUCUACUAUCUGUUCCAGUGUUUUCAGCCGGAGCUGCCCUGGGCCAAGUGCAAUCAGCCCUGGAACACCAAUCGCUGCAUCGAGGACACCUACCGCAAGAACAAAUCCCUCUGGGUGGCCGCCAACGCCUCCAACUUCACCUCCCCCGUCACCGAGUUCUGGGAACAUAAUGUGCUGGGGAUCACCAAUGGUAUAGAGAACAUUGGGACUAUUAAAUGGGACCUGGCUCUGUGUCUACUGCUUGUUUGGGUCAUCUGCUUCUUCUGCAUCUGGAAGGGAGUAAAGUCCACCGGCAAGGUGGUCUACAUCACCGCCACGUUCCCAUUCAUCAUGCUCAUCGUGCUGUUGAUCCGUGGCGUGACACUGCCAGGUGCUUCAGAGGGCAUCAAGUUCUACCUGUACCCUGAUCUGGCCCGCCUGAGGGACCCAGAGGUCUGGAUUGAUGCCGGCACCCAGAUCUUUUUCUCCUACGCCAUCUGUUUGGGCGCCAUGACGUCCUUGGGGAGCUACAACAAGUACAAAUACAACUGCUACAGGGACUGUUUGCUGCUGGGAGCCCUCAACAGUGGUACCAGUUUUGUGUCUGGCUUCGCAAUAUUUUCCGUCCUGGGCUUCAUGGCACAAGAGCAAGGGGUGGACAUUGCUGAUGUGGCAGAGUCAGGUCCAGGCCUGGCGUUCAUUGCCUACCCCAAGGCUGUAACCAUGAUGCCUUUUCCUACAGCCUGGGCAAUUCUCUUCUUCAUUAUGCUGCUGCUGCUUGGCCUCGACAGUCAGUUUGUGGAGGUGGAAGGGCAGAUCACAUCACUGGUGGAUCUGUAUCCGUCCUUCCUAAGGAAGGGUUACCGCAGAGAGAUCUUCAUCGCUAUCAUCUGCUGCAUCAGCUACCUGCUUGGACUCACAAUGGUUACCAAGGGUGGCAUGUAUGUUUUCCAGCUGUUUGAUUACUAUGCAGCUAGCGGUGUGUGCCUUCUGUGGGUGGCAUUCUUUGAAUGUAUAGCUGUUGCCUGGGUUUAUGGCGUUGAUAAUUUCUAUGAUGCUCUUGAGGACAUGAUGGGCUACAGACCAAAUGCUUGGAUGAAAUGGAGCUGGACUGUUAUCACUCCUUUACUGUGCAUGAGCUGCUUCAUCUUCUCCUUGGUCAAAUACAAGCCAUUGACGUACAACAAGAUCUACGAGUAUCCUGACUGGGCUGUCGGAAUAGGUUGGACUCUGGCCUUGGCCUCCAUGAUCUGCAUCCCCAUGGUGGUUGUCAUCAAGAUCAUCCGAUCUGACGGGCCGCUCAUCGAGAGGAUUAAGGCGGUGGCAGCCCCUGUUCGUGGCGGGGCCAGCUCUCGUCCCGCAAAUCAUCGCGGCCUCAAGGAGCUUUCCUGCCCUCUGGACCCCAACGGGAACAAGGGCCUGCUGAUGAAGGCGCCCACCCACACCAUCGUAGAAACCAUGAUGUAAAGGAGUGAGGCUGAGGCUCUCCAUGAGACCGCUCUCCUCUCCUCUCCUCUCCUCUGAAAUGCUUCUAAAAGCUAGCUAGCUUUCUGUCUCUUUGUCUGUCUGGUGGACUGAAAGGGUUUUAAGGAAAAAAAAUGUUCCCGUUCAAAUCUCUUAGGAAUACUUUGGAAGUAGUUUGCUCUUGAUGGUCUUCUUGUAAGGGUAGCAUCCCAUUUCAAAUCUGUUUCUGAUAAACUCACAGGUUGUUUGCCUUUCCCCUUUUGUUGAGACACUUGUCGUUGAGUCCUUGAAUCAAACGGCCUCCACAGAUCACCAAAAGUACUUUAUCUGGCUGCUCUAUGAAUACUUAUUUUCUCUUUGGACUGGGUGUACUUACCUGAGGUAUUUGCCUUCGGGUUCAACUUGGAUUCAUCCGUUCCUUUUUGUAAAACAGUCGCCCAGAAAAACACAAGUAAACAUUUUCUUUUACCAAAAUGAAGGAACUUCAGACCAAAAGUUUAGUAAAUACUUCCUCAAGCCGUCAUAGUUUGACGGCAGAAUCAUUGAUGGAUACUUGAAAAGGUUAAACACAACCUGUGAUGGUUCAUUUCCACCACCACUUGUAUAGCGCCAGCUCACGAGAAGUUUCAUCCCAAGGCUCCCCUCAAAAAAGCAGGCAAAAGACCGACCCCUCUAGAUUUUUAAGCACUUUCAGGAUUGAUAAAAUCCCUUAAAGGUGAAGAGAUCAGUGAGCAGCAUUUUAACUCCAAGUAGUAAGGCAGACUGUCACUGCUCUCUGGCGCUCUAAAGCAGCAUAAACACAUUCAUUCGACUUCACUUUUUAAUUAUUGUAAAUGAUGCUAUAAUAACAAUAUCAUGCUGCAGAUCUGUAGGAUAGUCUUCGAUUAGUCCAUCCACAAGAAGACAAGAUCUGAACUUUUAAAAUGCUAAUCCAAAACACAAAUUUGCCAUUCACUUUGUCUUUAAACUCGGCUAGUGAGAAGUUAGCUUCGCUUUUGGUCUGAACUCGCCUAUGGAAAGAUAAAGCGGCAUGUCGUCGGUAAAAAGGAACUCUGAGAAAUCAUCUUUGUCUUCUUUUAGAUCCAAUUGGCAAAAAUGUCCACGAGCAAACUCGUCUUAAUUCACCAAUCUCCAUUUCAGGAAGGUCACUGUUGGGUUCAAGUGUGUUCCAAAUCCCAGACAAAGAAAUCCUUCUGAAUUUAACUACUCAACCAACCAAACUUAACAAAUCACCCAACGUGAAAUUGCUAUCCCUCAGCUGCAGUCUUCACUUUCGAAUCAUUAAAAACAAGCUGUGAAGGGCGGAUAAAAGUCUACCUGACACAGAAACGAUAGCCGACGACCCUUACCAAACCAGAAUCCAGAACCACCUUAGCAUGAGUAUCCCCAUCGUCCGUAGCCGGAAGCUAUGGGCCAACGAGAAAACUUAGCACUGAGACUGUGUCCAAAGGAAACCGGUUCCUGCACAAAGACGGAGGUAUCUGAAAGGAUUUGAAUUGUGGAGGUUGAACCCUUGAGUGUGUUGUCUGUGGCGUACUGUACAGUAGUAGCUAACCAGUCUAUCUAUAUCUAUCUCUCUAUCUAUCUUUCUCUGUCCUAGACCAGUUUACAGUACAUAAGUGCUGCACUAGGCACUCUUGGCUUACAUUUUUCGGAUUGGAUUUGUUUUCUUUUCUACAGAGGAAGUUACAUUAUUACUAGUUUUUCCUCUGUCAAUGUUUAGAUUUUUUUUAUUAAGACUAUAAUGUUAUUGGUAUUCACUAUUGGUGAUAAUUGCUGUAGUUUUACAUAGAGGAAGGAACACGUCUUUCAUCUGGUGAAAAUACGAAGCUAUUAUACAAAUCAUACAUCUACAGUGGCAGCCAUUGUAGUAAUAGACCUUUCAUGCAUCUGUCCUGCCAACGAUUCUGUCUUUAGCGUCGGGGAAACAAACAAUGCAACAGAUUUCUCCAAUACUUUCUCUCGUGGGGGGUUUGGGUCGGACAUUCAACAAGCAGUUCAAUGUACAGAAAAAAAUGGGAAUUCUACAAUGGCUCCAUCUGUAAGUUUGUAGGCGUUGGGGGUUUAUAGCUUUUUUUCUCUUUUGUAAAUACCAGGGGACAGUAUUUAAUUUGGUUCAAAGUAGCCUGGCAGGGCACUGUCAAUGGUUAAACAAUAUUUCACCAACUCAGUGACUCAAAGAAACCAAUCGUUGGGUUGCAGUCCCAACAGAUCAGCCAGUGUCAAACUGUCCGCUCGUCCGAGUUUCCAAUUGCUCUUCAGUCACUGUGAACUGUGGCAGCUGGCUGCAGACAAACCAGAGCCAAUGAGUGACAGAGUUUGGUCUUGUUUUUUCCAACAGACACUGUGGUUACUUUAGCUCACUGAAAUGAAAGCUAAAGAGGUUUGUUUUACAUCAGGAACCCAAAAACAAGUAGAGCUACAGCGAUGAAUCCAUCACUGAUGAAUGCAGCGCAGAGUCGUGAUAUUCCCAAGUCAAAAUGUUAAACCUUUGCUGGUUCCUCAUCAUCAGGAGUAUGAAACAUGCAGCUUUUUUCAUGUUCUAAAUGAAGAUCUUUUGACAAUUUUGAAAAUUGGGUGCUCUAACUUCCUGUUUGAGUUUUCCUUUUUAGAUAAGAACUCUCAGAUUUGACGCAGAAGACUGUAAAACGCUGUGUCACGAAGUACGACGAGGUUAGUACUUUAAGAAAAGCUUGGUCCAAACUCUGUACAUCGUUGGUACUCUGAGUAAAUCCACUUUAUGAUACAUUAACAGACGCUGUAUCUUGAACUCUGGCUGUUUUUUUUUUUUUUUUUUAAAGAAACAUGAAAACAAAACUACAUUUCAUUCCUCAUGAUGAUUAAAGGGCCAUAGUACAGACCGUGUGAUCCAAUCACAACCGAGCAAAGCAGACGUUUCCAAGAAGUACGACAGCUUCAUUUGGAUCGGUCUGUGUAACAAGGGGUUUCCCAUGAGUAUGUGUCACCAGCGACCAUCCACUCAGGACCUUCUCUGGAGUGCUUUUAUCGGCUGUGAAGCUGCAUCAACCCAGCGUCCAAAAAGUUUCGACUGCUAACUGUGGGUGACAAAGAGCUGACGCUAAACGGUAGCAAUCGAAUUUGAUGUUUUUUGUGCUAAAAAAAAAAAAAAGCCACUAGAUUGGUUCUUUGUCACACUGAAUGCAAAAAUCGCACCUUAACUGCCUGAUUUCUCCACAAUCUGAGGCAAAAAUCCAGAGAGAGUGAGUCAGCGUGAAUUUUUAUCGCACCUUAUUUGUAUAAUUUGGACUUCAUAUCAAACGAUGAGGCCACAAAGAAAUGAGAAGAAACAAAAUAACACUGCCAUCUUUUUAUUCAGGGUCCUCAACGGUGAAAAAAAAAAAAAUCUGAAUGUUGUUUAAACACUUCAAGUUUGGAGCUUUUGGUGCUUCGGUUCUCCCAAAAGAAGACAUGAUAUAAAUAGAUCAAAAAAAACUCAAUAAACAUGAACCCACAUCGAAUACACGCAUUUCAGGAAGUGACCAACAACAUCCCGUGAGAAGUACUUGUGAGUCCAGGGCCUCACUGUGGGGGUCCUAGAAUCUUUUUCGUCUGUUUCUUUCUUCACGUCGAAUAAUCUAGUUCAUAUCAUUCAAAGGGAUUUGUGAAACCAAAUCCACAGGAGACAUCUAUUUUCAUAUGGUGACAAACUUUUCCUAUAUGAGUCGUCUUUGUACAGUUAACGCUUCCCAUUGCAGACCUCCCAUUUUAAUACGAAUACGAAGCUUUGUUUUAAUCGUGAACUUUUUGUACAGAUCUGGUUCUCUCGUCCCUCUGAAGGAUCUUUGCACCGAGGGUUAAAAACUAAAUGUGUUGAUGCUGAAAGGAAAGAUGUGUCGGCCUCCCUUUGGCGACAAAAUUACACUUAAGGAAAGUUUAAUGGUGCGUUCCAUUUACCGUCGCACCUGAUUUAACCGCUUUCCAAUCAUGAACAUGCAACAAGUUGGACAAGCAACAUGGAUGCCUCCAGGAGAACCUUUGUUUGUUAGCUUAUUUCAGGCGAUAACAACACAAUAUGUGAUAACUAUGGCGCAAAAAUAACAUCACAACACGUCCAUUGAUACUGCAUUUCCGACUUCUGAGAUCAAAUGGAACGCACCAUAAGAAUCUGUCUUGGCGUCGAUUAGUCCACAGGGUUUUGAAUUUGGUGCAUUUAUAAAACUGCAAGAAAAACAAACGUUAAUAAUCUUCGACUUGUGCAUCGUCUUCAACUAAAAGAAGGUGAUGUCAGAAAUGUAAAAUUCUGAAAAGACAAACUCAGAAAUAUCUAAUUCAGCCAUUUCAACGACGCAUACAACUCUUUGACUGGAUAAAAACCUUCCCCCCGCCAGGUGCAGAGAUCCUUCUUUUUGUGUGGAAACGUGGACCAGAAUGAACUAAUGCAGUCAUUUAUCCGAUUAUUCUGCCUAUCUCUGUGUGUGUGUGUGUGUGUGUGUGUGUGUGUGUGUGUGUGUGUUCCCAGUAUGUACCAGUCCCUCUGCCUUCUUACACUCCCCGUCAGUUAGCGUACGUUACCCGAAGCUAACCCAUGUUUUUGUUGUUGUUGUUGUUGUCUCAGAUUUAAAAAGUUUGCAAGAGAAUCGAAGCAUUAGCCAUGCACACGUUUUUACCGCCGAAUGUUGAAAUGUGAAAGUCACCCGCGGGUGGAUGUAAAAGUUUCUGAAGAUUUUAUUUUUUAGACCGAAAAAAAAACGUGAUUUCUUUGAUCUUGUUUUACUGAAUUCAGACGUUUUUUCUUAUUCUGUUUGAUCUGUGUUGUCUGUCACGUUGCCUUUUGUAUUCCAAACAUAGUGUAUCUGAACCUCUGUCAUUGGAGUAACAUGUACGACUAUCAAUCAAAAAGCAAACACACUCAAAAAAGCUACAAUUUGUUACGUGCAAUACUUUGUAGAAGAAUUUUUAUUUUUCAUGCUGUUUUUGGUUUUUUUCACCUUUUUCAAGUAAGACGAUCGCCUGUGAAAUCUUGAAGAAAAAAAAUAAAAAUUUGAAUCUUCAGGGUCCAGUUGAAUUCAAAGCCGCCACAAAAUGCUCUGCAGUAUGGGACGAAACCAAAUGAGACCACUAUCCCAUCCAAGAUCGUGUCGUUUGAAAUGCACUGAGAAUCAAAUGAUUUGUAAACUUUGUGACAUUAAACUAAAUUUCUUUGCGAAUUGCAGUUUUUUAUUUUUUAUUUUGGUGACAGACAUCUGAGUUUGUGGAGGGGUGGGGGAGGGUGGGGGAGGGUGGGGGGAGGGGUGAAACACAGUAACACUGCCAAGACGCACGCCGUCUUUCUACUUUCAAUUCUGCUGUUUGCUUUAAAAAAAAUCAGGCGGCUUCCCAACAGCACGCCGCCACCAAAGCUCACCAGCUUUACUGAAGUAACAGGCGAUUGUUCUGAGGAAUCAAAGUCUGAUUUUCCUGUGAUGGGAAAAAUACGUUGCUGCUUUUGGGAAGCUUGACCCAUCGCAACGAGAGCAGAAAAUCCAAUAAAAACCAGAUUACACAACAUCAAAUGUGGGCUUUGCUUUAAAUUAUUGUACACAACUUCUACAUCCAGCUCGACUCCGCCAAAGCCCUGCAAACCUUUCUACUUUAUCAAAGAAAAAGAAACCAAACUUACAUGUAAAAAGAGACAAACAGCCGGGGUUUACAUCUCAUGUUCAUAUCUGCAGGCUUCAGAGUCUGUCAUGUUUCUGUGACGCCACACAGGUUUGACCUUUGGGCUUCUAAAAAGGUGACUCGAAACCUCUUCUAUCACUGACGUCACUCUGUGCUUCUUACUGGCUGCUGAGGAAGGUAAAUGUGGGGGCUCCAUUUCCUGGCAAGCGUCAUGAACGCAAAUAUUCUCUACGCGCUUCGGUUUGAAGCUUGAAAAAAAAGAUGUCCUCACAUAGGUAACCAGAUUUAUAAAGUAAGCUCAAGUUUCAGAGGACGAUAUUUAACAUCAAAAGCUUUCCCUCCUUUUAAUGAUCUCUGCGCUGAGGCUUCUGGGAAAUGGAGUCCCGCCCUGCUCUUCCUCCCCGUCCCUCUCUCAUGUCCGACUCAUCCUGGUCAUGGUCUCCAAUGACAUUGCCUCUGUCUUUCCUGCAUCAUACUGUAAACUGUAUACCAGCCCUUCCUUUUUGAGAAUGUACACGGGGGAAAAUGUUUUUUUUUAAUUCUUGUUGAAGAAAAAAAAAACAUUUUUUAAAUGAAUUUGAAAGCUUUUAUUUUUUAUUUCUAUUGCCAACCUGUAAGCUAGAAAAGAAAAAGAGAAAAAAAUAUGUGUUUGAACGGGUUUUACAAAGUGUAAAACUUUUUUUAUUUCUUAAUAAAAAAUUGUCUUCAGAAAAGUG